AUGGGUGUGUCUUCUUCAAAGAGGUAUUCUACUUCUAAUGUUCCCAUCGUUUUACCAUCUGUUUCGCGAAUAACAGAUAUGAGCAGUGGCACUCGCUGCAGUGGUUUAUCGGGUGUGGGUUCCCUGAGUGGCAGUAGGCCGCCGUAUCGUCUCAUAUACGAGUGGCAAGAGGGUCUACCGGAUAUACGCUCCGUGAGUAAGGUUCCAGAUAACGAUAUAGUUUCUGACGGCGAAGCCGAGGGUCUAGCUUGGGAUCUCUCUCUUGCCUAUUACGAAAAUUUGGCGACUGACAAGGGUGAAAAGGUACGUUAUGUCUCUGCCGUGGGGCUCAAGACACCAGAUGCUUCCUUUGUACCAAGAUCACGAAAAAACCAGAAUCGUAAUGAGUGUUGCUGUUAA